AUGCUUAGGCAAAUAAAACCCAGGAAUGCCCGCUCCAAGCGGGCGCUCGAGAAGCGCGACCCCAAGGCCGUCGAGAACCCCAAGAACGCCCUCUUCCUGCGCGGCACGUCGUGCAGCCAGGUCUGCCAGGACGCCAUGUCGGACCUGCACUCGAUGCGCAUGCCCCUCGCAAAGAAGUUCACCAAGAACAACCCGAUCCACCCCUUCGAGGAUGCCUCGUCGCUCGAGUUCUUCAGCAACAAGAACGACUGCUCGCUGCUCGUCUUCGGCAACUCGUCCAAGAAGCGCCCGCACUGCCUGACCCUCUGCCGCACCUUUGACUACAAGAUCCUCGACAUGCUCGAGCUCUACCUCGACCCGGACACCUACCGCCGCAUGAGCCAGUUCAAGACGGAGAAGUUCGCCGUCGGCCUGCGCCCCUUGCUCGUCUUCGCGGGCCCGGCGUUCGAGAGCCCCGUGCGCAACGAGUGGACGACGGCCAAGAGCCUGCUGGUCGACUUCUUCCGCGGCGACUCGUCGGCGGACAAGAUCGACGUCGAGGGGCUGCGGUACGUCGUCGCCGCGACGGCGGACGAGGAGGCCUCGGCGCUGCGGCUGCGCGCCUACCUCGUGCGCACGCGGCGCAGCGGCCAGCGGCUGCCGCGCGUCGAGCUCGAGGAGAUGGGGCCCCGGAUGGACUUCCGGCUCGGCCGGCUGCGGGAGCCCGACGAGGCGGCGCUCAAGGAGGCGAUGCGCAGGGCCCGGACCAGCGAGGAGCGCCCCAAGAAGAACACCUCCACCGACAUCGUGGGCGACAAGAUGGGCAGGAUACACAUGGGCAAGCAGGACCUCGGCAAGCUGCAGACGCGCAAGAUGAAGGGCCUCAAGAGGUCGCGGGACGAUGACGACGACGUGGAGGCUGGGGCGAAGAGGGCGAGGGAUGAGGAUGAUGAGUAG